GUAUGCGUAGUGCAUUUGUAGGAAGACGGACCAAUUUCCAUAGGUUUAGCUAUAAAUAUUCCACCUACAAACCACACUUCUAGGAAUUUCUAGGGUGAAUCGUAUCCACCCACAGAUGGCUCGCGACGCGGCUUCUCUCGGCGACGACAGCUCGUCCUCGGGCUUCUCCAGCGAUGAGGAUAUGGCGGACGUGUCAGACUUGCCAUCCGCAGCCUUGUCCGUCCCCGGUGUCCAGGUUGAAGUGCUGGACGAGGCCGAGGAGAUUGAAUCUAAAACCGCCGCGUCUCCUGCUCCUACCGACCUAGAAGCAUCCACAGCGUCCACCAAUGUACUCCAAUGCUGCCGAGACGUGGCUAAUACAAUUCUACAGACACUGAACCCUCUGGACGUGCAGUAUGACCAGUAUACGGCUGCAAUCGGUCAUGUAACGUGGCAUUGGCCAACAUCCGAGACUAUUCCGAACGCCGCAGAGCUCGAAAACAAGCUCAAAACCUACCAUUCACUACGCGCAGACCUCUAUAAGGCCUUCCAGAAAGCCUUCCCCCUUACAGAGGACAUGUAUGUCCAGUGGAUCAGUGACUCAGGUGCCAGAGGAGACUACAUUGAGGAGAUCAAGAGGCUUUUCGAGCUGUCACAGGGAGACUAUUGGUCCAUGUCAUUAACACUGCAGUAUCUGAGGUUUAUUAAGAAUAACGGAGACGAUAAAGAGCUGGAAAUGGCGAUGCACAAGGCACAGAACACACUGGGGGCCCACUUUGCUAGAGGUCACGAGAUCUGGGCUCUCUGUCGGGACCUUACGACUGAAAAAUACGACGAAAUGGAUCAAACACAAGACGCAGAGAAGGAGAGAGCGAUCCGAACUCUAUUUUGCAGCCAAAUGCAGUUGCCACUAGACCAGAACGACCUCGUCAUGUCGGAAUUUCGAGCUUGGGACACCUAUAACGCGCUGGAUGAGGCUUCUGGUGCAGCAUUUGAAGAGGCCUCAACUCGCCAGACCAAACUGUUCGCCCCGUUAAUAAAGAAACUGAGAGGAUUCGAGACGAGAAUCAAUGCAGCGCCAGGGACAGAGGACGCUGCCGCUCCAGAGCAGGUAUGGCUACAGUAUCUGAACUUUGUUAAGCACCGUGUAGCUCCGUUGAUGUCGGGUGAAACAGAGCGGAAGCAGCUUGUGGUGUGUCUGUAUGAACGCGCAGUGUCAGUCAUGUGUCUAAGCCCCACACUCUGGACCAGCUAUCUGGAAUAUAUAGAGCCUGACCAAGCUGAAUCAAACACCGCCGACAAGCUCACAGUCGCACGAAGAGCUGUACGGAAUGUACCGUUCGAUUCCAGUGUCUGGAUGGAAUUACUUAUUGAGAUGGAGAAGCAGGGCUCGACUCUGGAAGUCUCGGAUUUUGUACGAAGAGAACUGUUGACACGUUCAAGCUCUCCGUUGGAUCAGUAUCACUUGUUAAACGUGUUACUCGCGUGGUGCGACUCGGUACGUCGCUAUGCUUCUAUCAGUAUUGACGGGGAAGAUCUCGAAGAUACUAUACAACAAGUGGAGACAUUGGUAGGAAAAGUCUUCGCAGAGUGUCAAGAGUUCAUGACUAAGGCAUUUCCCGACUAUCGUGAGGGCCUGAUGCGCCUAGCAGAAUAUCAAGCCAAGUGUUAUUGGGCACUGAUGCCCCCAGACGGACCACCAAGACGUACACCCGCACUAGCCAUGAAAGUCUCCAAGGUAACUGAACUGUGGAAAUCUACACUUAGCAUAUCACUAGGAGACCAGACAGCGACGUGGAUUGCCUAUUUGGAAGCACUUCGACGGAUGAAUGCGUUCUCAGUGAGCAGUAUACGCACAAUGGUAUUCGACGAGGCACUGAAACGUGUUAAAGACUACCCACUGACCCUCGCUGAGUCGUGGCUUGUCUUUGAGCGUGAAAAUGGAGACUUGACGAAUUAUCUGCGUGCACGACGGUAUCAUAUGAAACACCGCACGUCUCAAACUCCUGCUCAAGUUAUUGUGUCCACUGGAGAUGAGAAGGUUAAGAACGCUAAGAAACGAAAGGCUGAUACCGGUAAACAGUCGAAGAACGCGCAGAAACCAGCUAAACGUGCGAAGCCUACGACUACCGAAGCCGUGGGUAUUACCGAGAAAGUAUCUAAACCCGCAGAGAAGAAGAAAAUCCACGAGAGUCUGACGAAUGAGCACACGCUCUUCAUGUGUAACGUGUCGAAAGAAGCGAGUAAAGGAGAUAUCGAGGCGCUGUUUAGGGACAUUCCGACCUUAAAGGAUGUCCGUCUUGUCGUCAAGACUCGCGGUGAUCGUGUCAAGUCGCGUGGGAUGGCGUACGUGCAGUUUUUGGACGAUGCCGGUGUUGAAGAGGGGCUUAAACGAGACGGAUUCCUGCUCCAUGGGCAUCCACUGCGUGUUGAGCGUUCAAAACCUCCUCCAACCUCUGCGUCUACACCGUCUAAGCCCUCGGGCGGUGAAGGUUUCUGGAAGCCUGAUCCAUUGACGCUGUAUAUUGGCGACUUGAACCGCGAAGGAUCUAAAGAUCAGGUGACGGAAGAGCAGCUACAAGUGGCUCUACAGCAGUCGAUGCAAGCAGCAGGUGAGCUCGUUGUGGUCACUCGUGUGUCGAUAUUGAAGGAUCGGCAUGGUAAACGGAAGAACUAUGGACUGGUGGAAGUGGCGGAGUCUUCUCAAGCUACUUUCUGUCUAGCGAAUGUUGCUGCGUUACAGUCCAAACUGGGUGAUCAAGUGACGAUGAAGCCUUCUCGUUUCUCGAUUUCCCACAUUCUCGAGCAACAGGAGAAGCAAAAGCAGAAACAGCGGCAAUCGAGCAGUAAAGUGGGUAGUCAGCCGCAUGCCAAGCCGUCUACGCGACUCGCUCUUCCGUCUACUGGAUCGACAACGAGUUUGAUGCCACGUGCGCUACGUCGGAAGCUAGCAGCUCAGGAUAACACGGCCAAGAAUGUGUCUGCUGCAGUGACGCCGAAGAGCAACGAGGACUUUCGUAAGAUGCUUUUCAACAAGUAGUGUGGUUUAAACGUUGAAAUGGCUGAAUGAAACUGGGUUGUUUUGACGAAAUGUAUCGGCAUUGGGCGGUUGUGACGUUUGGCAACGGACGAAUUGUGGGUCGUAGCACUCGGUAAAGAUCCCGUCGCACUGGUCGAGCAUCUUGACGCCGUUGGUGAUAAGCAGCGCCGUCAAGCUAGGUGCAAAUGCUGCCGCGCUGUCACUGUCCAUUGUGGAUACAUGCAGGUUGCCGGCUGCGGUGUCGGAGUCGAAACUCGAGAAUCCACACGGUCUAGGAAGAUCCAGUGUCGGGCUGCUUCUGUGCGGUUAAGUCUUGAGUGCCUACAGCCGCGACCACCACGCUAAAAUGACGAAGAAGCUGCAUUCGGCACGCUUCGAGCCGCUCGGAAAUAUGACCGAACUCCAUCGUAACAUCGUUCCUCGAGGCCGUUGCCUUCAAUAACAUUAGGAAUAGUUACUUCAUACCUUCAUAUCACCACUAGCUAUGCUACGCUAUGGACUUUCUAAAGCUCAAGUCG